AUGACUGUAGAUGACGCACAGGCUAUACCAAAAACCACUACUGAAUUGGAGUUCCCGAAACUCUACGAAGUUUCAACGGUCAUGGCUCUCUUCAGCGUAGGCAGCGCGCAGAAGUGCCUUUGCGACUCGCCGUUGACUGAUCUGGACGUCUAG